CUGUUGCCGCGCUUUCCUCAAUUCAAUUUCAAACUUCAAAAAAUUCUACACUCCUCCACUCCUCUCCUCUUCUCUUCUCCAUUUUAAAAUCUCUUAACCCAAUUCAACAAGCACACCCUUCUUCCAAUUUCCACAAAUAUUCUUCACACUCUCGCUUCUAUGGACCUUCAUUCCACCCAAUUUGCAGGUAAAGUUCAGUCCUUGAAAUCCAGAACUGCUGGGAAAAAUGUCAGAGAAGAGAAAAACAAUUCCAAGGAUCCCCCAAUUGCCAGGGAAAAGCGAGCUUUUGGCACAAGUCGAAGCACAAACAUUCCUGCGAAGACUGAAACUGAGAAGCCUGCGAUAAAACCCACAACCGGGGCCACCCAAAAACAGUCAAAAUCGUCCCGCGCCACCGCAGAAGAGAAGAAACUACCUGAGAAAAAUAAAGCGAGAUUGAAGAAAAACAGUGUAUGCUUUCAAGAGAAAGUUGCGGAAAGCCCUGCAAAGCAGCAUGCUGAUGGGCCUCGAACUCCGGCGGCCAAGCCCAAAGUUAGCACGCCGUAUCAUACAGCAGAGAAUUGCAGCAAAUGCCGGUUCGACAGGCUCGAAACGGCGACAUAUUGGCUGGCCCAGAUCAAGUUGUCGGAAUCUGUAGGGAAGCAUUUCGUGUCAGCAGCGUUUUUUCGACUUGCCCUGGAGUGUAAGGCAGAGCCGAUUCGGAACAUUCGGAAUGAACUAAAAAGAUAUUUGGGGCGGCAUGGCCACCUACUGGGCUCGAAUGAGUGGAAAGAUGUCAAUGAGAGCUACGGAUUGAUCGAGAAUGAAAGCAGUAAUGUUGAGCAACUACACCAGGAACUGAAGCAUCAGCUUGAAGAAGGGAAAAAAUCUGAAGAGUAAGAUAAUAUACGCACUAUGGAAGCUUGAAGUUUGGUUUGAGUGUGUGGAGUGGAUUUUUUAAGUUGUUUUUUGGGAAAAAGGGAAAACAAAACUGAAGUAUGUGUUUGGAAAGAGGGAAAGCAGAAAAAUGUUGGAAGGGGCAUUCCGAGAAUUGAACUCGGGACCUCUCGCACCCUAAGCGAGAAUCAUACCACUAGACCAAAUGCCCAUUUGUGAAGUUGCCUAUUUUAUAUGACUUUAUUCUUUAAAUUUGUUUUUUGGCUAUUA